UACGCUAAGCUCUCUGUUGAUGAAAAGCGAUCCAUCCAGGGUAUCCGCGGCAUCGAAGAUAGUAUCAGAACGCUACAGAAGGAGUACGAGCUGGCAGUCUUCGACCUAGAAAGAAAGUGGUCCGCCAAGUUUAAGGAAGCUUACGAACGACGCUUUGCAUUCCUCUCUGGUACUGCCGCGCCCACAGGAGAGGAAAUCGCUGCAGGCGAACUGAAGAGUCGACGACUUGACGCUGACUACAAGACACUGCCUGCCUUGAAGGGCGAAGCGAAGCCCGCUCCGCUCAACAACUUCUGGCUCAACGUCCUCUCCAACUCCCACAUCGAGUCGUACAUCGUCGAGACAGACGUCCCUGCUCUCAAACACUUGACCAACAUCAUUCUCAGCUACCCGCCAAAGGCCAAGGUACCAACACCUGCCUUUGCAAUCGACUUCCACUUCUCGCCGAACGCCUUCUUCAAGAACACUAAGCUCAAGUUGACUUUCUAUUACAAGGAUGAGAUAAACGCUGCUGGAGAGCUUCAAUACAGCCAUAUUGCCGCAGACAAGGUUAAUUGGAAGCCGAAAAAAAACCUGGUCCAGAAGGCAGCCAAAGGUGGGCCAGGAUCCGAUGAUGAUGAGGGAGAUGAAUCUUUUUUCUCCAUCUUUGAACCGCUAUCCUCGAUUACCAUUCCUCCCGUCGGAGGCACUGUUAACAAAAAUGCCGACUUGGAGAAGGAUAUGGCGUUAGAUAGCGCCUUUGACUUUGGUCUGGAGUUGAAACGACUGGUGCUUCCGAACGCGAUGGAUUACCUCCUGGGAGAGGCAGAGGAAGAAGAUGACGAUGAUGAUGACGAUGACGAUAAUUGGGAUGAGUAUAGC